GUGCGAGACGGACUAAUAACGAGCAAAGGCAGUUCAAAGAGUAUAUUUUAAUGCACCAAAAACAAAAUAAACUGAAUAAUGACGGUACAGCUUUGCCUCUAGCGGCCCCCCCCUUGUGUCUCGCGUUAGGCUGUACAGACGGAUAAAUCCACCAUCCCCAGCCUGCCCAAUGAGAAGAGCGUGGGGGCGUUUCUGCCAUCAUUAUCCGCUGGCGUGCGAACCACAACAAACAACGACGACGACACGGCGGAUGGCAAAUAAGACAAAAUAAAACGCACAUCAGACAGCUGCAGCUAUGGGCAAGGCCCAGUCACACUUGGCCAAGCACAAAGACGAGACUCAAGACGCUCUGACGGCCGACAGCGAGUACAGAGAGAGUCAGACGGAAGAGGAUGGAAAAAAUGGAGAUGUGUCUCAGUUCCCCUACGUGGAGUUCACUGGACGGGACAGCGUCACCUGCCCCACGUGCCAGGGCACUGGCAGAAUCCCACGCGGUCAGGAGAACCAGCUUGUGGCUCUGAUUCCAUACAGCGAUCAGAGGCUCAGACCAAGCAGGACAAAGCUCUAUGUCACAAUAUCGGUCGCGGUGUGCCUGCUGCUGUCUGGCCUGGCGGUUUUCUUUCUGUUCCCUCGCUCCAUCGACGUCUCCUAUGUGGGAGUGAAGACCGCCUACGUCUCCUAUGACCGUGACAAACGAAUCGUCUAUCUCAACCUCACAAACACACUGAACAUCACCAACAAUAACUACUACGCCAUAUCUGUGACCAACAUCACAGCACAAGUGCAGUUCUCCAAGACGGUCAUCGGCAAGGCCAAGUUCAGCAACAGCACGGUGAUCUUACCCCUGGAUGAACAGCAGAUUGAUUACAUGGUCCCCACCACCAUCGCUGAUGAACUGAGUUAUAUGUAUGACUACUGCACCUUGCCAACGAUUAAAGUUCAUAAUAUAGUGGUCAUGAUGCAGGUGAUGGUGACGACGUCGUACUUCGGCCACACGGAGCAGGUCUCCCAAGAGAUGUACCAGUAUGUGGACUGUGGGGGGAACACCACCUACUUGCAUGGGCGUGUGCAGGUCUACCAAUAAGGGAAGAGGAGGGGCCUGGGCAUCAGAUACUGCUGUCGACUGAGGUUCUCACAGACUGACCUCCAUACAAAACAUCUUUGCUUUUAAUUUAGUCAUAGUGGCCCAUCUGUUUUAAAUCCUAAAUAUUUCAGCCUUUUUACAGGGUAAACAUGAUGUUUAGAAUAGAUGUUCUGCAAUAAAACCAGCAACGAUGGUUUAUCAUUAAUGAGCCAGAUCUUAGGGCCCAUAGCCAAGAGGACUGUCACCUGCAGUUCUUUUGGGCCGGUGAGAACGGAGCACACAGAUAUAAUAAUGAAAUAUUCAGUUGGUUACAUAUCACUCCUCCUCUGUAGUUAGAAGACUGGAAGCAAUAGCUUUACUUAUGACGCACUUUAGCAGACCCUCUGAACAGAAAGUAAUGUUAAUAUUGUCUAAAAAAAAAAAAAUGCAAGGGGAAAGCUGCAUCUGCUCACAGCCCCUCUUAUUCUACACCACUUUAUAAAAUAGUUUCUUAAAAGUGUGAGAGAGAUGACUUUUGAAAGUGAAACCACUGAGGUGUUCUCAGACACUCCUUUCUGCUCUUAUUUGAACCCCCCCCCCCACACA